UGCAUUUAGGCAAUUACAGCUAUCAUUCUGAGGGCUUAUCAUCACUGGGACAGAGUUGAAGUGCUGCUAAUUGACUCCACUGCAAAAAGUUAAAGGCCAGUCUGACCACCAGCCACAUUCAAACAGAAGGCAUUGUGUGAGCUGGUCAAAUGGCUUAAUGAUUAACUAAAGUGUGUACGUUUUACUCAUUUAUUCACCAAUGUAUUAUUUUUGCUGGGGGAAAAAAGUAAGGCAAUCCAGCACACCAGCUUUAAAACUGACUAAUAGUCUGUUCUUAACGGUAUAUAAUGUUCUGAUUUAGCCUACUUACCAUACUAAAACAAAAAAAAGAAGCCUGGCUGGCCUACAAACUACUUCAAGAAAUACAUUUUCUGUUCGAAUCAGUCAGGAUGUUAAUCAGGCUGAAAGAGUCCAUAAAUCCAGCAGACUGUUCAUGACAGCUGGACAGAAAACACGGCGUGGCUACAAACUCCAGCCAAACCAGCCAGAAUAGCGUCAGUAUAAAUCCCAGAGUUCCUGCUGCUGCUGCUGGAAGGUGCGCCGCUGCGCCGUGGACAGGAGGACAUGAGGACAUGAGGACAGGAGGACAUGAGGACAGGAGGAGGGAGUUACCUGGGCGGGUCGUUUACGCAGGUAAUUUCGACACUCUUCUCACGCGCUAUCCAGGUUGUUGUCACUUCACUUUUUGAUGGUGACGUUUCAACAAGACAACGAAAGAACAGGGCAACGGAAGGGACACAAAUUCGGAUAAUGGGACAGCAACAAAGUCUGAAUGCAUAAUCCUAACUGACAACAUUUUGGACAACGGCUGCAGCACAAUCCUAUAAAGACAGACAUUCAGAAUAGUUUAUAGUUCACUACAAAUUCUUUAGUCUUUAAUCCUGUCUGUGAGUGUGAGUGAGACCAUGGCUGCAUCCCAAACCUGCUGAGAGCUCCUUGACAAAAGAUGCAACCAGGAGGUCCUCCCGCUCCUCCACCUCCGCCACCACCACCACCACCUCCACCUCCACCUCCACCUCCAGCCCCUGGCCUCCCUCCAUCCCUACAUGGCCUUGGCCUCCUUGCCAAGGGAGCGCACCGGCGUUCCGGGAUGCGAAAUUUCAACUGGGAAACCCUCCCUAAACACAGUGUGAUAGGAAAGCACAACAUCUGGACAGCUGAUAGGACUGAUGGGGAAUAUGAGCUGGACACUGAUCACAUGGAGGAGUUGUUCAGCCGCAAGCAGGGCCAGCAACAACUGAAGGCCCUGAACCGCCACAGUCUGAGGGGCCUGCCGACUGCUGCCUCAGGAGGGGUGAUGGUUUCCAUCCUCGGCUCCAAGAGCAGCAUGAACAUUGGAAUUUUCCUAAAGCAAUUCAAGCGGCCUGUAAAAGACAUGAUUGAAGAAAUUAAAUCAGGAAGCAGUCUCACUUUUGGUUAUGGAAAACUGAGGGAGCUGUGCAAGCUGCUGCCAGAUGAAGGGGAGGAGAAGCAGCUGGUCAGUUUUAAGGGUGACCCCUCCGCUCUCCCUGAAGCCGAUCUGUUUAUGCUAAUGCUGGUCAAGAUUCCCAGCUAUGAGGAGCGUCUCAGCAGCUUGGUGCUCAAAGAGGAAUUUGUCCCCCUCAUGGAUGAAAUGAAAGAAUUCAUUGGCACUUUGACAGCGGCUGGAGAGGAGCUGUUGGAGUCUGAUAAUCUUCAUUCCGUCAUUCGCCUGGUACUGAAGACUGGAAAUUACAUGAAUGCUGGUGGCUAUGCAGGCAGUGCAAUUGGCUUCCGAAUGGCUUCUCUGUUGAAGCUCGUGGACACCAAAGCAAACAAACCUGGAAUGAAUCUAAUGCAUUAUGUUGUGAUGCAAGCUCAGAAGGCAGAUGGGGACCUGCUUAAAUUUACAGACCAACUCAAACACAUUGAAGCUGCAGCUAGAAUGAAUAAAGGUGAAAUUGAAGCAGAGUUUGCAAAACAGGUAAAGAAAGUUCAAGAUGCCAAAGCGGACACCUUGAAGCAAGAAGACCUAAAGGCACAGAUGGAGGAUUUUCUAAAGGAGGCUGAGGUCUACUUGGCAGAAAUAGAGACUGAUCUUGAGGAAUUGCAGUCAGUGAGUGACUCCGUGGCAGAAUACUUCUGUGAAAACCCAAACAAGUUCCAACUGGAGGAGUGUUGCUCCAUUUUCAACUCCUUUUGUGAGAGAUUUACACGGGCCAUGCAGGAAAACAAGGCUCGAGAGGUGGCGGAGGUGCAGCGGAGACACAGAGACAGGUUGCAGAAUGCUGCCAAGCGCAGGUCCACAGCUACCUGCUCCAGCAGAGACAAGGAAAUGGAGGGAGUUGCAUUGCAGUCCAUACUACAGAACUUCCUUACCAAACGUGUCUCUCGCAGGAGAUCCGGAAGGCCCUCCUCCACUUAUGGAAGCCCCACGAAUGGCAGCCCCAACCAUGGGAGCCUAUCAGAAAUGACCUCUCAAGCUAACCUCCCCGCUGGAAAUCAAAAAAAAGGAGACUCUUUAAGAGCUAUGGACUUGGGCAGGAAAGAGUGGAAUUCAGCAGCUGAACUCACAGAGAACUUUUCACAGGAGAAAGCUCAGUCUAAUAGUGAGGACAACAAGGCAAAAGGUGGCAUUCCUUCUGAACAAGAGGUGAAAACUUCCAAAAAAGAGGACUCCAGGGCUUUUACACGCCCAGCCAAUAGGACCGCCCGCAUUUCCUCCUCAGGCAGAACUCUCUCAGCUACUAUUAAUGAUGGUGAUGAGGAUCUACAGGAUAAUAAUGAGGAGGAGGCUCAAAAGUUGCGUGAAGCAUCUAGAAGAGUUUUGCGCUUUCAAAACAGCCGUGGCAGUGCCUCAUCUGAUGACUGCUCUCUGGAAAAACAGAAAUCUCCCCCUCUAGUCACCACCUUGCCUCGUCAACGCACCUUCGAUGAGGACACAGGGAGGUAUCCUGGAGACCCAAACAAUGAGGAUUUGGUUCGAUUUUUGCUAAAUCCUCAGUCCUCCUCAAAACGUAACCUCGGCCGCCGCCACACUCUACCUCCCAACGUCUUUAAAACUGAGGAAGAUGAGGAUAAUCUGUGCACUAAGCCUCCAGUCAGAACUCCUAAUUCUGCGUCAAGAGAAAAAGAGACACUGCCAGAAGAGGGUGCUGGACCAAAUCCCUCAAAACAAGUGUUUGACUUUACUGAAGCAUCUAUCAACGUUCAUAAAUCUGGUGCUCAAGACCAGAAUUCUCCAUCAGCAGAAAAGAAAAGCAAGUCAAAUGUUUCUGUAUCCCAUGUUGAUGAUGAAGGUCUUGUGGAGCAAAGCGAAGUGGGCAUAUCAGUGGAGCCCACAGGCGACCACAUGCAGAGGAAUGGUGAAAAUGUUCCCCCCAAAAGUCCAUGGAUUAAGACUGAAAACUCUGGACUAUUUUUUAACUUUUUAAAACGCCUUGGAGACAUGAGCAAAGUGCAAAACAGCAAGGAAACUGUCCCUAAGGGUACUGGUUCUAGCGUCUAAGCAUUGAGAUGUAUCAAAUGUACGGUCAUCAUGGUGUUGAUGUAGUGUUAUAUUUAAUUUUACUAUUGUAAAUUGAUAAUGAGGUGGUUAAGAGAUGGAGAGAUGCUUCUAGUAAAGUGGUAAGAGAAUGUUUUUGUUGAGGAAAGGUCAUUUUGUAUGUUGUACCACUAGAUGGCAGCAUAUAACAGUAACAUGGUGAACUGUUGCUCAGAGAAUAUGGGUGUUGUUGAUUUCCAGGCAAUCACACACACUGUAAAACAUUUUUUUAUUAUUUCUUUUAAUCCGUAUUAAGAUUAUCCUGACAGUACGGCAUUGUCCUCAUCAGUUGGAUAAAUGGGUCAAUACUUACAGUGUUAGUGUUCUUUGUCUGGAUUCAAAUAUACAACCUUACAGAAUGUAAUGAGAAAGUACAUGGAUGUUGAGUGUGAGCAUUAGAGAGCGGAGAGAAAACGGACAGUGUGUAAAAUAUUGGUUUGAUUGUUAUUUUUGAUACUUUGAUAAAUGACUACUUGGACUGCAUGUUUGAAUUUAACACUGUUAUUUUUUCAGUUUUUUCAUCUUUGUUUUCCUCCUCUGUUGUUGUCACAGAAUCACAUCAAACAUGCAGAAGGUUGAGGAUGCUUUCAGGGUCUUACUCAAUUCAGCCAUUGUUAUGAGCUUAAAUGGGUCAGCGUUACAAAGGCAGACUGUAUCUGAGCAGAGCUGAACCAUGGACUGUCAGUGGCGAAGUGAAGGGUGCUGAUCUCAAAUUAACUUAAGAAGAGAUCUCUGUGGUUGAAGGGCCAACACCUGCUGGUCUCCACUAGCUGGGGAGCAGAUACAAGGGGUCAGCGAGGCCACAGCUUGUGCCAAUACAUCUAGGAUUUCAAAGUUCAACUGCUAGCAGCUGAUACCAGGGUUACAAUAAUUAGCUUUUUAGGAUUAUGUCCAGCCGUCCGACUGAAGUGUAACAAUGAGGUAAUGUUAAUGACCUUUUAUUUAGUUUUGUUCUAAUUUAAACACCAACUGGAGUGAUCUGAAUGUUUUCUAUAUUUCUUUGCAAUUAAAUAUUUAUAAGACUGAGUCAAAAUUACAGAGAAACAAAUAGUGUUGUCACUGUAUCGCAAGUUGUCAAAUUGUUGUUUGUAACUGUAUCUGUAAUCAGUGAGAGUGGUAAAUAAAUAUGUAUGAAUACCCA